ACAAGCCCAUGCCUCAAAUCUGCUGGGUUAAAAGGCAGCUGAAGGUGCUUGAAGAAGGUGGAGGGUUGUCUAGCUCUCAGGCAGAGCAGUAGGGACUUGCUAGGUGCCAGCUGGAGAAACAGGCCUGGUGGGAGCUGCCCAGAGCAAGAGGUAGAUGUGGAUGAAGCUCUCCUCAAGGGCUAAAAUAAGGAAACUGAGGCAGUGCUGACAAGCUCCAGUGCAGCAGGAGAUCCUUAAAACGGGGCGGAAAGUGAAUUGCUUGUCCGAAGGCUGCAGGCUACAACUUGGAGCCAGGACUGAGCCAGAGGCUUCUCGGAGUGGGAGACUAUUCUUUCAAGCAAAGUUAAAGGUGUGGAAUUACCAUCCCGUGUGGCUGUUUCAAAUGGGAGCCUGCAGUGACCUGGAAACUUGGAGCCACUCCAGAGGACCUGAAAGACCCUCGUGUUGUCCCAGGGAGAAACGGGACGGUCCAGGGUAGCUUUGGGACUGCACCGGGAACUGAACUGAAACCACCAGAUCUGAAGUGUUCAAAACAUAUCUCAGGGCAAGCUCACAAGCUAUCUGAAGAAGCAUCAGGACGAGCCGUCAUCAUUUGCUUUGCAUGAGAGGCCGGAGAUUUUGCUCGUGUGCGUGAGAGACAGCUGCUAGAUACCGCCGAAACCUGCUACUACAGCGAUAGAGACACCUGAAGUCGAUUUAUUGCCCAGAGCUUUCCUCGUGAACCGGAGGACGCUGCAUCAUCCUCAGGGACGUACUGGAGGCUGUCCUGGAGCCUGCGGGGAGCUUGUCCGGACUUCCAGAUGGUGACCGCCUGAGGCCCUUACCUUCACGCCAAUGCGGCUCCGAAACUAAUUGUGUUCAGGAUUCGGAACGAUCAGCGUCGGUAAGGGACCGUUUGUGCAAAGAUGCAAGGAGACGCAUGUUAACUUCUGAAGAGAUGCACGUGGCUCUGGAGCCGCAGGUUGGCCACCCCGUCGGUCAUCUAGUCCAGCAGGAUCACCCCUAACUAAACCGUCCCAUGCAACCAUAAUUUAAACUCUACGUACGGCUACAGUCAACUUUGACACAACAUAGACCCAACACCCUAACCUACCACAGGUAAAGCAGGGGAGCCAUGGCAGCCGAUGACUUGCUUCUAUGAAAUGUCAAUAUAUGCUCAAGAGAUCCCAGAUGCCUCAGGAACAGUACGCGCACCGGAGCGCCAUGCAGAGCUCGGAAGGACCGCAGGUUUACAAAGUGGGGAUUUAUGGCUGGAGGAAGAGAUGUCUCUAUUUCUUCGUGCUCCUCCUCAUGAUUUUAAUCCUGGUGAACCUGGCCAUGACCAUCUGGAUUCUCAAGGUUAUGAACUUCACCAUCGAUGGAAUGGGAAACCUGAGAAUCACAGAAAAAGGUCUGAAGCUAGAAGGAGACUCCGAAUUCUUGAAGCCCCUCUACGCCAAAGAAAUCCGCUCCAGACCUGGCAACCCACUGUACUUCCAGUCCGCCAGAAACGUGACAGUGAAUAUUCUCAACGAGAAGACGAAAGUCCUCACUCGUCUUGUAACAGGUCCCCAAGCCGUGGAAGCACACAGCCAAAAAUUUGAGGUCAAAACCACAUCUGGAAAGUUGCUGUUUUCGGCAGACGACAACGAAGUGGUAGUCGGAGCAGAGAGGUUGCGAGUUUUAGGAGCAGAAGGCACAGUGUUCCCUAAAUCCAUAGAAACUCCCAAUGUCAGGGCAGACCCCUUCAAGGAACUAAGACUCGAGUCGCCUACACGCGCGCUGGUCAUGGAGGCUCCGAAAGGCAUCGAGAUCAACGCGGAGGCCGGCAGCUUGGAAGCCACGUGCAGGACGGAGCUCAGGCUGGAAUCCAAAGAUGGAGAGAUCACAUUGGACUCUGCAAAAAUCAAACUACCUAAAUUGCCUCAAGGGUUUUACUCCACGACAGGAUCCAGGCAAAAAAUCUACGAGCUGUGCGUGUGUCCCAACGGGAGGUUAUUCCUGUCUCAGGCCGGGGCCAGCUCCACCUGCCAGAUAAAUACAAGCGUCUGCCUUUGAGAGACAAUGCGCGGUGGGCACUGCAGGCAGCGCAUGGGCCUACGGCUGGUCUCAGAGAUAGCAGCUGCCAACUAUUUUUACUAGAACACAGAAAGCCUAUCAAAGACUUUUUUUGUGUGUGCGUGCGCGUGUGUGAAUAUAUAUAUAUAUAUAUAUAAAUAUAUAUAUAAAAUUAUAUAUAUAUAUCCUCUGUGUAAAAUGAUGUUUCAGUACAAGGAAUCCCAGGGUGACCCUGUGACAUAUAUGUAGUGUCCCACUUUUCCCCCAUACUCAAAUUUAUCAAUGCAGACCGCUGGAUUCAGUGCUCCCCAGACUUUUCCAUAUUAGUACACAUAGGGUGUGUCAACACGUACAAGUAAUGCUAUUUGGCUUUACCGUGCAGUCAAUUUACUACCUCCAUAUGCAGGUAGUAAAUUUACUGUGCAGUAGACUAAUUUACUGUGCAGUAAACACAUGCACGUGGAGAUGGUGACGUUUACUGCACAGUAGAUUAGUCUAGUCUGGUAUCUAGUGUAGACACAGCCUCUGAUGACUGUCCCUUGUUAAUUCUGUUCUGGGAGCAAUGGGAAUGAGGUCUGAUUAAGAUGACUGGCAUCCUAUUAGCAGCCUAGGAAGGGAGAACAGCAUCUCUGAUUAUAUUUGCACUUUGAAAGUCAGUGGCGUCAGAAAAAAACCAGAAUGGCUGGCAACGCAGUGCAAAUUGCCCCAGCGGCUCCAAGGAGCCUGUGUUUAUAUUAAAAAGGAAGAGAGUGCAAUUUAAAGUAGGACAGCUUAGUGGCAAGAUUUUGUCCUAACACAUAGGAAGCGUGUGCUUCGUGCCCAGAACCACCGCCCCUUGAGAAGAGAGGAUGUUAGCCCUGGUCCUGCUCUCCUUCAUGUGAAAGGCAAAACUCGCUUUGACAUAAAGGACGGUGGACCAUGCCCAUGCAGGGUAGCGUCCUACAUGAUUCAGGGAUGUUUGCAGGGAUCCCCUCCAGUCUUUCUUAGCCAACAGGGGCAUACAAAAGUUAGGGGGAUUUAAUAGGUAUGUAGUAAGCAAUGUCACUGGCUGGGGGGGGAAAAAUCAAAAGCUAAUUGGAAUUAUUCUGCAUUGACGAUCUCUGCCAUCGUGUUAGGUUAGCUGUUUAUCAGCUGCAAAGGUAACCUAGCAUGGCUGUCGCAUCACCUUAUUCACAAACUAUGCUUUUGUUUAAAAAUAUAGGGAAAGACGACUGCAAAUGUUCAGUCAACAGGUGUCCUGCUCCGCCCUACACCGCCUGUCUGGAUGUCCCAGGUUCUGGCUAAUGCUUCUUUUC